UCGUGGUGCUAACCAGCAAUCGCACAACAUAGAGUACAACAUAUGUACAUUUGUAGCUCGAGGAAUAAUUUCUCUUCAAACUAAUACAUAUUUAAAUCAAACAGAAAUCACCAUAAUUCGUAACCAUGACUAGAAGAACUCGUUCAGUUAGGGUCAGGGGCACAGUUGAAACUUUUACUACUUCUGUCUUUGUUGUUUCUGUAGCUAUUUGCUUGCUGACAUUGAGUGGAAAUGCUCAACUAGUUGGUGAAUGUACGACCACAGCAGCGGAUGGGGCAGCGCCAGGCAGAUGCAUGCCGCUACUCGACUGCGAAUUCUUUAUGAGGAUUCUCUCAAAGAAAAAUAUAUUUGAAAGCGAAAGAGCCCUGCUGCGUGAAAAUCGCUGCGACAUGCAAAAUCCCAAUGUGCAGAUAUGCUGCCCAUUAGACUUAUUAAACAGGGGGACCGACAGAGAACGUCGACCAGUAAAAACACGGGGCCUGGCUGUGUCAACGCACCCGCUACUACCUCAGACUUGUGGCGUCGCCAAAUGGGAACAGUCCGAAAAUAUUGAAUCCAAAAUAGAUGAAUACCCAUGGUUGGUGCUCAUCGAGUUUACAAAAGAGAACAAAGAGAAAAUACACGCAUGUGGCGGAGUCUUAAUCAGUGAACGCUACGUCUUAACUGCUGCCCAUUGCAUUAGAGUACCUACAUGGGAAGUCACUGCCGUAAGACUGGGGGAAUGGGACACGUCCACAAAUCCAGAUUGCACCUUAACUUUAAAUAAAACUACUCAAUGUGCUCCUCCGUACCAGGAUGUUCCAGUGGAAGAGAUAAUCGUACAUCCACUAUAUGACAAACAGAACCAGUCUCAACUUAACGACAUUGCGAUGAUACGGCUGCGGAUACCGGCACAGAUUGGCUAUUACGUACAGCCCAUUUGUCUGCCCAGCCAGCAGCUGCAUGCGGAUGAGCUCGCGGACCUCGAAGUGGAAGUGGGAGGGUGGAAAGCUAAGUCUAGUACACGUAUGAACAAGGGCAAAGCUGUUGUAAUGCCCAUUGAUAAGUGUCAGGAAACUUAUAGUAACCAUGGGCUGCGUAUCCAGUCAUCGCAAUUGUGUGGCACCGCAAAUACCAGUGAGUGCUUCGGCAACGCAGGUGGACCCUUGAUGAUUUACAAGGAUAAGACGUACAUAUUGGGUGGUGUUCUGUCAUUUGGCCCUGUGCCCUGCCCAACUGUUGGCUGGCCGGAUGUGUACACUAGGGUUUCUUCAUUUGUUGAAUGGAUCAAAAACAACUUAAGGGCAUAGCCUAGUAGCACAAAUAAUAAUUCAAUUGUAUUCAAAUUGAUUCAAUUGAUUGCUGCAAUAUUUUUUAAGAUGAUCCUUUCCAUAAAACAAAUACAUAAAAUAUGGAUUUGUUGGCUUCACUUAUACUCGUAUAUACUAUAUAGCA